AUUGUCUCGUAAUGUGAAGAAGUGGCCCCUGUUGUGAUGCCUCCAACUAUGUCUCAGAUUAAUGAUCCAAAAAUUGCUUUUGCCUACCUGCGCCCAGCCUGCGUCCUGCUCACUAAGGAGCCCACUGUGACUAACGUGGAGACGCUCAGCAUCCAGUUAAAAGAAAUCCACGAUGCCUCGUUGCAGCAGCUCCAAGAGUAUGUCCUCUUUCCUCUUCGCUUUGUCCUCAAAGUCCCUGGGUCAAAGAAGGAAAAGAUGGUGCAGGUUGUGGCUGAGGCAAUGAGCUACAUCCUGGAGAAGACUUGUGUCCAGAGCUGGGACACCCUUCAUGACAUUUUCUCAGAGCUCUGUCUCUGCCUCUGCUCUCCCACAAACCCCGGGACACCUGCAGACGCAUCAGAGGAGCUGAAAUCUUCUGUUCUCAGAUGCCUUAAUGCUCUGCUUCACGCUGCCUAUGGAGAUAUAAUCUUCAAACUAUAUGAACCCAUCAUGUUGCCUGGACUGGGUGCUGCCAUAUCACUGCUGCUGGCUUUAGGAGAGAAGGAGAAAUCCAGAGAUAUACAGUCAGCUGCCUUGAAGUGUCUCCAGACUUUAGUUAUGCAUUGUGAUUGCACUCAUGAACACAUCAUUCCAUCCUCAGAUGAGAGAUGUUCUGUAGGCAGCAACAUGGCUUCCUUCUUACCUGGGAUCACUACAGCUAUAGCCAGGAUCAUCACAGGAGAUCUGAGACAAGGCCAUGCAGUGACAGUCAGGGCCAUCAAGGUCUGGUCCAGGUCUGUGGGACUGGUUAUGGAAGAUGCCCAGCUGCAGACCAGUAAUUCCCAGAAGACUCCCCCACAGGACCUGGGCAGGAUCAGACAGCUUGUGGUCCAGCGGACACCACAAUGGUUGAAGAGUACAGCAGGGAAGCUGUCUGUGCUGCUGAAGAAGAUCAUCUCCUGCACGUCGGCCCACCGUCACUGGAGGGUAAGACUGGAGAUGGUAGAGCUGGCCAACCAUCUGCUGGCCACAUGCAGUCAGUCACUGAAGGAGUGCAUUGGGCCGCUGCUGGAAGCACUGGUGGGAGCAAUCAAUGACGAAGAGCCUAAAGUCAGAGAGAGGUGUGAGGCUGCUCUCAGGGAAAUCUCACAGAGGAGUCUGAGCUGCCGUGAUGCUACUAGUCAAAACUUCACCAACGUCUUGUCUGAGAAUCUUCACUCUUUGGCCACAUCCCUGCCCAGACUGAUGAGAACUUCUGAUGACCAGAAGAAGCUCUUUGUCCUCAACGUGUUUUUAGGUUACCUAAAAGUUUUGGGACCACUUGUCUCUGUGGUGCUGAACUCUGCAGCACAUCUGGAGAGAAUCUCUAAAGCGCUGAUGCAAGUUCUGGAGUUGGAUGUGAUGGAUGUUCGUAUCGUAGAGGAACGGAGUUACGCUGACACCAUCGAGACGAGCUCCGACUCUCGUGACUCUUACUCUGCUCACGUGCACAGGAAGCAUUUUCUCUACUUUACAGAUGAGAGGAUCUUCUCUGUGCUCAUGGAGAUCUGCCGAACAUUAGGUUAUUAUGGCAACAUCUACCUGCUGACUGAUCACCUAUUGGACUUGUACUGCCAGUCUUUGGCGUACAGAAAGCAGGCUGCCAUGGUCUUAAAUGAGAUGAUCAGAGGUGCUGCAGGCAUUGCCUUGGCAACGCAGAGUCAGCGUUUGGACAGUGAAGUUCAAGGAGGCUCUGCUUCCCAGGAAGACCUUAAAGCUGUAGUGGUGUCCAUCAUGGAUGAAUACACCAGUCUGACAAACUGGCACCUGGUAACUGUGAGUGAGGAGACACUCGGAGACCGUCAGGAUCAGCAGUUGCUGAGCCCUUCCAGACUCCUUCAAAUAUCUAACAGUGACACCAGCAGCAAUCCUGCAAACUCUCUUCAUGUACUUGCUUCUUCAUCUGCCUCUGCGCCACCCUCGUCAUCGACCUCCACAAUUCACCAGCUCAACAGCAACAUCUGGCAGAUGUGCAUCCAGCUGGAGGGAAUCGCUUGCUUCGCUCAGGCGUUAGGACGGGACUUCCGUCCACUGCUGAUGACCUCACUGUACCCAGUGUUGGAGAAAGCUGGAGAUGAGACGCUGCUGGUCAGCCAGGCAGCACUGAGCUCCAUGAUGGACAUCAGUAAGGCCUGUGGCUACGCCUCCCUGAAGGAGCUGAUCAAUGACAACUCAGACUACCUGCUCAAUGACGUUUCACUCAACCUGCAGAGGCUCAGUCAACAUCCUCAGGCUCCGCGGGUGUUGACAGUGAUGUUGGCACACUCUGACAGCAGCCUCCUGCCUCUGAUCCGGGACGUGGUUCAGGAUGUGCUGAUGGCUCUGGAUCUCAGCUACAACCACUCAGCAGCUCUUUUCUGUUCUGUCCUGCACGCGCUCAUGAAGGCUCUGGCAAGAUGGUUUUCCUCGUCAUGCUGCAGGACCAGUAACUCUGCCAGUUCCAAGACCUCCACUGAACAGGAAGAUUUUGACAUUCGCCAGUUUCUGCUGGAUUACAGGAAGCAGAAGGAGUUGGCAGAGGGCAUUGGGAUAGAAGUGGAUGACACCGAGGACCUUGAGGUUCCUCCUCCUGCAGAGUGUGAUGAAGAUCUUGAUGGUCCUGAUGUAAAACCAGAACUUCCCCCACACCUCAUCAUUACUAAAGACGUUAUGGAGCGCUGCAUUCACCUGCUGUCAGACCCCAACCUCAGGCUUCGACUGAAGGUGCUGGACGUGCUGGAGGUGUGUGUUUAUGUGUUGAGCGAGAGGGAGAAUGAACUCCUGCCUAUGGCUCAUCGCUCCUGGCCGGCCCUUCUGCAGAGACUCACAGCCGAUGACCCGUUAGCGGUCCUCCGAGCCUUCAGGGUGCUGUGUACUCUGGGUGAAACGUGUGGUGACUUUCUGAGGGCCAGGGUUUCUAAGGAUGUCCUUCCCAAGCUGAGCUCCUCUCUGGCCCGGCAGGCUCCGAUCAGCGUCAAGGCCGGGCCGGUCUACUCGCACACCCAGGCCUACAAACUACAGCUGGCUGUUCUGCAGGGCCUGGGCUCCCUGUGUCAGAGACUGGAUCUGGGAGAAGCAGACCUUGAUGCUGUUUGUGAAGCCUGUCUGCCCUACCUGAGCUGCCGACAGCCCUUCAGACUGCAAGAAGCUUGUCUGAGCGUUUUCCGGCACCUAAUCCAGGUGGAUCCGGACACUUUCUGGUUUACUCUAAACGAGCUGCACUGCCCGUCCCUCUACACCCCGCCCCACCCCGACCUCCAGCCUCUCCAGCUGAGCGGGAUGGGCAGAUCGAAGGACGAGUACUCAGACAACGUGCUGAAACUGCUGAGGGAGGAAUUCGGCCCAGAAUCUGUAGCAGCUUCACGAGAUGGGGAUUGACACCUUGAGCUCGUCUCUUAAAACAGACGCCUCAGUGAAUCACUGACUCAGUUUAAUUAAGAAGAAGAAGACAACUUUCCUGAAAAGCAGCCUUCAGGCACUUUAUGAUGUAGA